GUCGUCGGCUGACCCGCGCGUUCCCGCGCUCUGACUUUGACUUUCGUGCAAUAUAUUCUAGCGUGGUGGCAUCUCUGACUUGUAUCUAUAUCUUCCCUUCUACACACCACCACAAGAACAACUUAGUCUACUGUGCUCCUUGCUUCGCCAUAAUACCCUAUUCUACUACUGUAAAAUCUCAAGCAUGGCGCCCUCCGCUAUUUCCCCUCUAGGAUCCCCAAGCAGCCACUCCGAAGCUAGCCAGGACUUGAGCAGCUACAAAGGCUACCACCAUGUCCACUGGUACGUCGGGAACGCAAAACAAGCCGCUGCCUUCUAUGUCUCGCGGAUGGGCUUCGAACGCGUUGCAUACAAAGGACUAGAAACUGGAUCCCGAGCCAUCGCCUCCCACGUGAUCCGCAACGGCAGCGUCACGUUCGUGCUUACAUCGCCACUACGAUGCUUGGCACAAGCAGAUAGAUUCAGUCCAGAGGAUGAGGAGUUAUUAAAGGAAAUCCAUGCGCAUCAGGAGCGACAUGGCGAUGCAGUGAAAGAUGUUGCGUUUGAAGUAGAUUCCGUCGAUGCCGUGUAUUACCAAGCGGUGCAAAGGGGUGCCGAAAGUGUGUCCGCGCCAAAGACCAUCUCAGACUCGAACGGAUCAGUACGACUAGCGACCAUCAAGACAUAUGGCGACACCACCCACACUCUCAUCGAGAAGUCCAACUAUCAGGACAUAUUCCUACCGGGAUAUCGAGCAGAGACAGCCGCAAAAGACCCACUAUCGCGAUUUCUACCACAAGUGCAACUUGAAGCCAUCGACCACUGCGUCGGAAAUCAGGACUGGGAUGAGAUGGAGAACGUAUGCGAUUACUACGAGAACGUCCUCGGCUUCCAUCGGUUCUGGUCCGUUGACGACAAGGAUAUCUGCACAGAAUACUCCGCCUUGAAAUCAAUCGUCAUGGCUUCACCAAACGAUGUAGUCAAGAUGCCUAUCAACGAGCCCGCGAAAGGAAAGAAGCAGUCGCAGAUCGAAGAGUAUGUUGACUUUUACGGCGGCGCUGGCGUUCAACACAUUGCCCUGCGAACGGACAACAUCAUCCGAGACAUCACCAAUCUCAAGGCUCGAGGAGUGGAAUUCAUCAAGGUCCCAGAGACGUAUUACGCAUCCAUGCAGCUCCGACUGAAGAGACAAGGAAUGGUGUUGAACGAGGAUUUCGAAACACUGAAAAGCUUGGAUAUUUUGAUCGACUUCGAUGAAGGGGGAUACCUGCUGCAACUGUUCACAAAACAUCUUAUGGACCGCCCAACCGUAUUCAUUGAGAUCAUACAGAGAAAUAACUUCUCGGGAUUCGGAGCCGGAAACUUCAAGUCGUUGUUUGAGGCCAUCGAGCGAGAACAGGAGCUGCGCGGGAAUCUAGUCUGAUCCACAGGGCAGUAGGAAAUGUCCGAGCUUACUUUGAUGCUGUAAUUUAGCGGUUGCCGGAAUUCUAUCCACUGUUUUAAUGCUCUGUUUGCCACGAAAUUUCUAGGUUCUUGUUCUCAUACUGAUUUCUCACGUCCCAUUCAACACAUGCAGACGUUUACAUUAUGCCCUCCAAACGUAAGCAUGUGCCACCUAAACGACUUUAAUGCAGCACUGUUUGAGUUAUGCGUGUAUACUCAUCUUGUAGGCGCACUUAAUGUUAACUCUCAUAGUCACCC